GGCUAUGUUGGGUUGGUGUGGAAUACUGUACCGCAGCGCUAGGCGUCAAUGGAGAAAUCGUACCCCUGUUCGAAAGUUAUGCAUGCGUCAACAUCUGGGAUCGUGAAUCUCGCACGAAUAUUUAUUUUGAGAGCGGAUGAACCGUUUGCUGAAAAUAAAUCCCAAAGUGAAUCACGAUGUCCAAAUCGAUAGCAUACAAGCAUUAUAUUCGAGCACUUUCUCGAUGGCCAAAAGACAACUUGAGACCCGACUGCCAAUUUCAAGAUGUAAUGCGAAAACGUCUAGACAGGAGAUUCAUCCCCGCCUCUUCACCCAAUACUCCCAAUGCUGCACAAGCAGUAGCGAAUAGUGCCAUAGAUGAGAAGAUGGAAUUGGAGCAAGCAAACGCAAUAUAUUCUUUGUUGGAGAAUCGAUAUAGUCGGAAGUACCCGAUCGAUGGCUCUUUGAUGAGACCUGCGAGCAAUCCGACUCACUUCGAGGACUUGAUGAAGGAGCUUCAAGAAGCACCAGAGAGGAGUUGGUGGGGCAGCAUGACGAACAGAUGGAAAGGAUUUCUACGAUUUCAAUGAUUCACGAACUACAAUAUGUACUUUUACUGUACCCAUACAAACACCGGCGUCCAGGCAGACAAAUUGAAGAAGUGUAAAACAACUAGAC